ACCUGGACCACCUUGAACAAGUCUUUCUCAAGACUGAAGAUUUCUCGUUAUGGUCAAGUCCAGCGUCAUUCUUCUGGUUUUGGCCACCUCUGCGCUGGCACUCCCCACCCGUUUCAUGGAUACCCUACAAUACAUAUUUGGGACUACAUUAGAACUUCCUAAAGCUGAGAUUGGUUGGACCGAUCCACGUCAUAAUGGUGGACGGUUUCUAGACUUCACGACUCCCAGAUACGGGGAACCGCUAAAUGUCAUCAUAUCUAACCAGUCAGAUCCCUUCAUUUUGACGGAUGCUGGCUUCCGUCUGUAUUACAAGUCCAUCGGGUUUUCUGAGGAGUGUUUAGGACUUCAUUAUGGUCAUGUCCACAAGGCAGACCUCGGUGACGGCGAUAGCAAGAAAUCCGAGCAUAUUCUAGCAAGGCAAUACUACUUCCCUAAGUGGGGAACAUGCUGGGAAAGUAUAGCAGGAGGAAACCACUUCCGCGCUUGGAAGCAGAAUGGCUCAGAAAUUGAUACGGGAGCAUGGUUUUUGGCUGUCUCCAAGGAAAUGGACUCCACUAAAAACCAUAUGAUAAUCCCGGACGGGUAUAACAUCGGUCGCGAUUUCCUCGUCGAAGCCGCUGCAUCUGUCAGCCAUUGGAAUGGCAGGUGGUGGCAGGCUGAUGUGGAGUGGCGGAGCGGCCUCCUCGAACCAGGAUACAAAGGAAUCAAUCAUGCCAUUGCACAAGAUGGACGCAUUGCGAUCCUGACUGUCAAUCGACUAUAAUUGUGGCCUUAUAGUCAGUGGGUGUAUUGUCACCGUUUUGGAGGCUGGUGUUGUGUUAUAUACCAUAGGACGCUACCCUGUUAUUUACAUUAUACGUUUUCCUUGUAUGCUUAUAGUUUCUGUCACUAGUGUAUAUCCUUAUUGUCAGAUUGGGGACAGACCGAAAUCCAUCUAUUUAAUUACAAUUACAAC